AUGGCUAGUGCAGAAUAUUCCAGUGUUGUUCAGCCGUUAUUAACAGAUUUAUAUCAAAUAUCUAUGGCUUAUGCUUAUUGGAAAAAUAACAAACAUCAGGAUGAAUCAGCAUUCGAUCUUUAUUUUCGGAAAAAUCCAUUUGACGGUGAAUUUACGUUAUUUGCUGGCUUGGAAGAAUGCUUGAAAUUUGUACGUGAUUAUCGAUUUCAACCGAGCGAUAUUGAUUAUCUUCGUACAGUCCUACCGAGUUAUGUUGAGAAUGAAUUUUAUGAAUAUUUAAUUCAACUCGACAUGAAAGAUAUCAAAAUCUAUUCAAUUCCUGAAGGUUCUGUUGUUUUUCCUCGUAUUCCAUUACUACGUAUUGAAGGACCGAUAAUCAAAGCACAAUUACUCGAGACAACACUCUUGGCGUUGGUUAACUUUGCAAGUUUAGUAGCAACGAAUGCUGCACGAUUUCGUGCAACAACAGGAUCUGAUAAAACAUUUCACGAAUUCGGUCUUCGACGUGCGCAAGGUCCUGAUGGUGCUCUGAGUGCUUCGAAAUAUUGUUAUCUCGGCGGAUUUGAUGGAACAUCGAAUGUACUUGCAGGAAAACUUUUUGGAAUUCCAGUUAAAGGAACUCAUGCACAUGCCUAUGUCAGUUCGUAUAAAACAAUGGAUGACUUAAAACUUCGUGAACUUCGUGAUCAAACAACAGGCGAAGUUCGACCAUUUGCACAAAUGUGUGUUGAUUAUUUGGAAAAACUGGUGCCAAUCCUGGGAUUUAUUCUCGACGAAGCCAAUGGUGGCGAACUAGCUGCAUUCAUCUCCUAUGCUAUUGCUUUUCCAACAGGUUUCCUAGGUUUAGUUGAUACCUACGAUGUUCUAAAAUCAGGUGUACCAAAUUUUCUUGCUGUCGCUCUCGCACUGCACGAAUGUCAUUAUCAAGCCAUCGGUCUUCGAUUAGAUUCGGGUGAUUUAGCUUAUUUGUCCUUAGAAGUCCGAGAUCGCUUCACUCGUACUUCGGUAGCGUUCAAUAUACCCACUAUCAAAACGUUAACUAUUGUGGCAAGUAACGACAUCAAUGAGAAUAUUUUAAUAUCAUUGGAAAAGCAACAACAUGCAAUUGAUACAUUUGGUAUUGGCACACACUUAGUUACUUGUCAAAAGCAGCCAGCUUUAGGUUGCGUUUAUAAAUUAGUUGAGUUAAAUGGUUCACCACGUAUCAAACUUAGUCAAGAUAUAUCAAAAGUGACUAUACCUGGCCGAAAGAAUCUCUUUCGUUUAUACGGUCAUGAUGGAAAGGCCUUAUGCGACUUGAUGACGAAGAUGGAUGAAGAAGAGCCAAAAGCUCGAACACGAAUCCUAUGUCGACAUCCAUUUCUCGAGAAAAAACGUGCGUACGUCACACCCUCGUCGGUGCAUGCCAUGUAUAAUUUAUAUUGGGCUGAUGGAGAAAUCCGGCAUCCACUGCCGACAUGGGAAGAAGCACGUAAAUUUGCGCAAGAACAAAUUCAAUCAUUACGGAAAGAUCACAUUCGAAAUUUGAAUCCAACACCGUAUAAAGUUUCAGUAACAGAUGAACUUUAUUCAUUUAUGCAUCAACUUUGGAUUGAAAGUGUGCCUAUUGGCGAACUUUCUUGA